AUGUCUCGUCGUUACGAUUCCCGAACAACCAUCUUCUCGCCCGAAGGCCGUCUCUACCAGGUGGAAUAUGCGUUGGAGGCGAUUUCACAUGCUGGUACGGCCAUUGGAAUCCUCGCAAAAGAUGGCAUCGUCCUGGCUGCCGAGCGAAAGGUGACGUCCAAGCUGCUGGAACAAGACACAUCGGCAGAGAAGCUCUACGUUUUGAACGACAACAUGAUCUGUGCCGUUGCGGGCAUGACGGCCGAUGCCAAUAUCCUCAUCAACUAUGCCCGCCAAGCUGCUCAGCGAUACCUCCUCACCUACAACGAAGACAUUCCUUGCGAGCAGCUCGUCCGUCGUCUCUGCGAUCUCAAACAAGGAUACACUCAGCAUGGCGGUCUCCGACCUUUUGGCGUUUCGUUCAUCUAUGCCGGCUGGGACCCUCGCAGGAAAUUCCAACUGUACCUCAGUAACCCAUCCGGCAACUACGGCGGCUGGAAGGCCACGAGUGCCGGUGCCAACAAUGCUAGUGCCCAGAGCUUGUUGAAGCAAGAUUACAAAGAGGACUGCACGCUGAAGGAAGCUUGCGCAACGGCGGUCAAGGUGCUGAGCAAGACCAUGGAUUCCACCAAGCUAAGCAGUGAGAAGAUUGAGUUCGCGACAGUGGGACAAACAGAGGAGGGCAAGAUUUACCACCGAUUGUGGAGCGCUGACGAGAUUACGGCCUUGUUGAAGGAGCACGAUCUGGCCAAAAGUGAGGAUGCUGAGGACAAGUAA